CAAAAUGAAUUUGAAAAUAUGAUAAUUUUAUAAACAAAAGAAAAAUCACAAAAUUACGUGAACGACGAGUAAAUAACUUUUUACUUUUUAGUAAUUAAUUGGGUAACUUUAAACUAAAAAUCGUUACAACUCCGACCUCGUGCGGGUAAGUAGUACUAGUAACUAAUUAUCAAAACGCAUAAACAUUUUCGAUUCCUUCCUGACAAAACAAAAGUAUCAAGUAUCAAAAAGGCAAAGCACUUCCUAUUCGCGAUUUCGUUUCAUCAUUUUGCCAUAAGGAUAGAUCCUGUUCAUGAUAUUCGAAUUUUCUGCCACUUCCGUGUCCUCUGUCCCUUGGAAAAUCGCAGCUCGUAAAAAAUUCUACUCUGCAGAGUGAAUUCUUUAUUUCAAAUGUUAGCAGCUAAGGCCAUCGAUAAAGUCUCAAAGUGGAGGUCCUUUGCGUCCCAUAAAUUUAGUGCACCGCUGGAAGCUUAUAAGAGGCCGUUGGGUGCUAAUGAAGAUUGCUGCAGUGGUAGGAACGCAGUUGGUUGUUGCUUUUCAGAUACUUUGAAUGGUGUUUAUACCAUGGACACAGAUAAUAUCGAACGUCAAAAAGGGCGAAACUAUGGUUUCCCAGAGAAGCAUAUGGAGGACUUCACCAGAAAGGCAGCUCAAAGAAACAGGCCGAAAAUGGAUAGACUGUCAAAUAUUUGUUUGAAUCAAGGACAUCAAAGAGUGUGCAUGAUGCCACGUAAUUUUAGCUCUCAGAGCAAUGGCACUCCCUCUAUUGAUUUAAAAAGCAAGAUCCCUGCAUCAUUUCCUAGUUUUGUAAAGAUAGUGGAAGUUGGCCCAAGGGAUGGACUGCAAAAUGAGAAGGAAAUUGUACCUACUGCCGUGAAGGUUGAGCUGAUAAAAAUGCUUGUUUCUUCAGGACUACCAGUUGUUGAAGCUACUAGUUUUGUGUCACCAAAGUGGGUACCACAGCUUGCAGAUGCAAAAGAUGUUCUUGAGGGGAUUCGAACCAUUGAAGGACCAAAGUUUCCUGUCUUAACACCAAAUCUGAAGGGUUUUGAGGCUGCACUUGCGGCUGGAGCCAAGGAAGUGGCUAUCUUUGCUGCAGCUUCUGAGUCUUUCUCGAGGUCAAACUUAAAUUGUAGUAUUGAAGAUAGUCUCAGUCGCUAUCGUGACGUUGCUUCUGCUGCCAAAAGUAGAUCUAUUCCUGUCCGUGGGUAUAUAUCUUGUGUUGUGGGCUGUCCAGUGGAAGGCGCAGUACCACCAUCAAAAGUAGUUGACGUAGCUAAAGAACUUAUCGACAUGGGGUGUAAUGAAAUUUCCCUUGGUGAUACAAUUGGAGUUGGAACUCCGGGCACUGUCAUUCCCAUGCUUAAAGCUGUAAUGGAAGUUGUACCUGUGGAGAAGCUUGCCGUCCACUUUCAUGAUACAUAUGGGCAAGCACUUUCAAAUAUUCUUGUGUCACUCCAAAUGGGAAUCGGCAUUGUAGAUUCUGCUGUAUCGGGUCUUGGUGGUUGUCCAUACGCGAAGGGUGCUUCUGGAAAUGUUGCCACUGAGGAUGUCAUUUAUAUGCUUGAUGGACUAGGAGUAAAGACAAAUGUAGAUCUCCGGAAGGUUAUGCUAGCUGGCAAUUUCAUUUGCAAGCAUCUAGGUCGGUCUCCUGGUUCUAAGGUUGCCGUCGCCCUCAGUAAAAUCCCAGCGAAUGCUUCAAAGCUUUAGCGCGCUCUCAUUCUUCAAGUGGAUGGGAACCUCGGCAUCGCAAACUGAAAAAGGAUACACGGAAGUCGGAACAUCUAUGAACCCUGAGACAAGAUUUCUGAUCUUGUGCGGCUAGGCCACCUAACCUGAUCAUUCUGUUUCAUGAUGGUUAAACCAUUUGUAUGAUCAACACCUCAAUGUGUAAAUAUCAAAACCUUUUUUGAAAAAACUUAAAUUUACAAUUAUACAUUUUGUCUCAAUUUAUACGAUUCCAGACUGAAGUCCCGCGCUAAUUGGUCGUCAUUUUUCUUUUCUGUUCUUUUAGUUAGAAGAAAAUUAAAAAGUUGCUCCUUAUUUUUUUAAAAAAAUAAUUUUAAAAAUCUCAAAACUCAAUGCG